UAGUUUGAUUUUGUUCUCGCAAUAUGAACAUGAAUUGGAUGUCCAUCGUUUUGGUGCUUUGGUGUUUGGCCAGUGCGUCGGCUCGACAACCCAAGAUUUUGAGCAUUUUCAGCGUGGUCAGGUUCAAUAACUCGCCUUGUUUUGGAACAAACAACCGAAAUGGAACUUGCUACACUGCCGACGAAUGCGCUUCUAGAGGAGGCGCUGCAGCCGGCUCGUGCGCCCAAAGCUAUGGCGUGUGUUGUACAUUCUCGGUUGGUUGCGGAGGAACAUCUAACGAGAAUUGCACUUAUUUUGAAUCAAGUGGAAUCAGUUCAGGCGCUUGCCGGGUGAAGAUUUGUCGUUGUAAUGACAACAUUUGUCAGUUGCGGUUGGACUUUUCCAACUUCGUCAUUACCGGCCCCUCUACCCAAACUGUGGGCACGGGUAUGACAAUAGGGGGAGUGUUGGCUCCUGGGGCUACUUUGGUUGUUACACCUGCAACUCAGUGUUUGACUGAUUCAUUUUCCGUCACAAAUCCCGGAGGACAAUCCCCACCCACCAUUUGUGGAUCCAAUAGUGGCGAGCAUAUGUAUGUGGAUGCUUCCAGCUCUUGCAAUGAAUUAGCAUUCCAGUUGGGAAGUUCCACCAUUGAUGCUAGCUCUGUUUCACGGGGAUGGUCAAUAAAGGUAACACAAUACGCCUGUGACUACAACAAUUUGGCGCCAAAGGGAUGCACCCAAUACUUUUUUGGGACCACAACGGACACUGUUCAGACGUUCAACUUUGAUAGUGGUGUUCAUCUAGCCAAUCAGAACCAAAACAUUUGCGUCAGGCAAGAAGCUGGGAAUUGUCGUAUUUGUUGGACCGCUGUUAAUGACGACGACUUCGUGCUCUCAGGCCCCACUUCUUUAAUGUCGGGAUUUACUAAGAGUGGAAUGUGUUGCGGUUAUGGAAUGGAUGGACAAGGGGUCAAAGGCUAUGAUUGCGUCAUGAUCCCUGGAGCCGAGAAGAUGACCGAUCCGCGUGAUAUCUUGCAAGCAAAUUCAUUCUGCGGCAGGAGCAAAGGAUUGGUCACCAUGGAGGGCACCGUACCAGCCACUGUUUGCUCCUCUCAACAACCCUUUAACAUACGAUUUGUCAGCGACGCCUUUGAGAUGGAAGCAGAGACUCCAAUUCCUGGAAAAGGCUUUCGCCUCACAUACAUCCAAACCACUUGUUAACUAUUGCUUGUCUUUAAAUAUGACCUUUCAUGGUGAUAAUAUA